GACGCCGCAGCGCGGGGCCUGGAGCGCGCCCAUCGCGCCUUGCGUGGAGCCCCGGUGCGCGGAGCUUUGUCUGCCGCGGGGCUCGGGGCCAGCCGCGGGCGGGCUCGCUCCCGGCGUGGUGUGCUGCGCGGGCGGCUCGCCGUCACAGCUGCCGCUCCUGCCUCCAGUGCCAGAAACAUUGCGGCGCCGCACCUGCUCUCCGCACGAGCAGCCCUCACCCCCGAUCUAGCGGCUCUAGGCGGUGCCGCCGCGCUCCGCCCCUACCGGUGCCCGCGGACCGUGACGCCGCGGGCGGGGCGGGGCGGGGCAGCACCCGGCGGCCGCGUCAGCGGAGGUCCGAGGCGGAGGCCCGAAGCGGAGGCGAGCAGAGCGCGGUCGAGAGCUUUCGGCCGGCAGGAUGCUGGAGAUCCAGCUAGACGAUGGCGGCGUGGGGGGGUACCCGGGCGAUGAUUAUUGCUCGGGCUCGGUGAUGUCGGAGCGGGUCUCGGGCCUUGCCAACAGCAUUUACCGCGAGUUCGAGCGACUGAUCCACUGCUACGAUGAGGAGGUGGUGAAGGAGCUGAUGCCACUGGUGGUGACGGUGCUGGAGAACCUGGACUCGGUGCUCACCGACAACCAGGAGCACGAGGUGGAGCUGGAGCUGCUGCGGGAGGACAACGAGCAGCUGCUCACGCAGUACGAGCGGGAGAAGGCGCUGCGCAAGCAGGCCGAGGAGGUACCAUGACUGCGAUCACUUGAAACAGGGUCUGCUGAAGAUAAGCACUUUCCAGGAGAAAGGGUGGCCCUGCUUGGAGCAUCCCCAGACCACGGGUCUGUCACGUCGAGGCACUGA